AUGAAGCUGCUUAUAAUUAUGGCUCCAGAGAACAUUGGACGAGACUUGGAGAAAUUUAGUCUCAAUUCUUGUGAAACCACCUUCUGUAAUGCUUUCUUCGCGAUAGAAAAGCGGAAGGACCCGGCUGACCUUUUCUCGUUUGAAGUUGAACUGCAGGUUUUGAAAAACCUGACUCGUAGCAGAACGAACUAUACCAGUCAGCUGAUUUGCAGCGGAGAGAUGCCGUACUAUGGCUACAUAGUCAUGCCCAUUGUUGGCAAAGAUAUCGAAUCACUGCUUGCGUCGUUGAGGCCGAAGCAUGGAGAACACAACACGCGAUUUACCCUUGUCACCGCCGUCCAUGUCGCACUUGGAUGCCUCAAAGGACUAGAAGAGCUGCAUAAAAUUAGAUUCAUUCAUCGCGACGUGAAACCACAAAACUUUGCCAUUGGCCGUUCACCCAACUCCAGGACGAUUUAUUUGCUCGAUUUUGGAUUAGCAAGAGAAUACGCGAAAUUGGACGGUUCUCACCACCGUCCAAGAGCAAGAGUCGGUUUUCGCGGAACAGUCAUGUACGCCUCAGUUAGUGCCCUCAGCAAUCAGGAACAAUCGAGGCGCGAUGAUUUAUGGUCCUGGUUAUUCAUUUUACUUCGAAUCACCUCAGGUACUUUGCCAUGGAUCAACUUGAAGCAUGCUGACAACGCUACUUACAAAGAUCAGAUUGCCGCUUAUGCAAAGAGCAAAUACGAGGCUAUGAGCAAUCCAGAAAAGAUGUUUCAAGACUGUCCGCCAGAGUUCUAUGAUAUAUUCAUAUUACUAAAGGCGCUGGAUUACUAUGACAAACCUGACUAUGCAAAGAUAACCAGGAUUUUGAAUGCAUGCAGAAACCGAGAGUGCAAAAAUAAGCCUUUCCCAGGUCUAGACUGGGAAAGAGAAGGAAAUACCCGUGAGACUGCACAAGGGCCGCGACAAUUAACUUUGCCAAAUCCUCCUAGUUUUCGAGACGGUGAAGAAAACGUGUCACUCGCCUACUCUCAGUCGAAAAAGCGCGCCGGAAAUGAACAGUGGCAGUCGCAUUGCGGCUGCACUGACAACCUCACUGCAGAGCUAUUCAACUUUUGCUAUCAACACCCUCUUAACCCCUUCCUCAUCGGUAAAAAGUUUUCUUGCCGCUGGUUACCGUACUUAAAAAAUCUUGGUCUUUUCGAGCCAAUGGAAUAUGUUCAAGCGAAGGACCUUCAUCAUCCAGCACCAGCUUUUGUGACAGCCGCCGACAAAAGAUUUUUCGACCCGGCGAUCACCUUGAUCGUCAACUUUCAGUCACAUUUUCCGAGGGAAACACUCAUCGUCUAUGAUCUCGGAUUCACGCUGGAGCAAGCGGAUCAAAUAAAGACAUCGUGCAACGUGGAGUACAGAAAAUUUCCCUUUGAGAAGCUUCCAGGUUAUGUGAAAAAUUUGAAAGAAUAUCGCUUCAAGUUUUACAUUGUCGCAGUAAGUAACAUUCUCUACAGUCUUUGUCUUUUCCUCGUGUGUUACAUUAAGGAAGGAGGACACUGA